AAACAGCUCUUAAUGCUGGAUAUCAGUUCCGCUGUCCUCUUUGCAAUAAUGAAGAGGAAUUCGUCCUAAUAAUGAAGAAAUUUGGAAUCUAUGUCCCUUCCCAGGACGCUGCAUGGGAGCAGGAAACCAACGCGUUUGGUGAACUGCUGGUGAGGCACAGAACCUGUGACAGCAGAAAUUGUGCGUGCCCCACUGGAAGACAAACUAACAACAGAAAUACUAAGUGGGAGCUCAUCCUGUGUCAAUUCUGUGGUUCCCAAGGAGUCCACGUAAGCUGUGGAAAACUGGAAAGUAAAAAUCCCACAUUUUCCUGCUCAAUUUGUUUACCACGAGAAUGAGGCUGGAAAACACAUAUUUUUCAAAAACAAAAGACUAUUACGGAAAUAUGAGACUGUGAAGUGGGAC